GUUUCUCCAUUUCUCCUUGCAUUAUCUGGCAAUAGUAGGGAACUAGUAUUGAAUUGAGUAAUCUUCAAUUUGAGAAAAUAUUCCUCACUCUCAAAAGUACUUUUUGGUGCCAGCAUAAUGCUUGGAGACUGAAGCAGCCCAAAAACUCCUGUCGAUGGAAUUUGAGAGUGCUGAAGAUGUUCCCAGUAAUGUCCAACCAUCGCCUCUGGUGGGGUAGGCUUCACAGGAGAGUCUGCCUGAGCCAAGCAGUGCUGAACAGGCAGCCCUUAGAGCGCAUGCACCUCAGAGUUGGAGACCGGGCUGAGCUCAGGAGGGCCUUCACUCAGAGGGAUGUGGCCACCUUCUCAGAAUUAACAGGGGAUGUCAAUCCUUUGCACUUAGAUGAAGAUUUUGCAAAACACACCAGAUUUGGAAAGACAAUUGUCCAUGGAGUUUUGAUCAAUGGACUUAUUUCAGCUCUCCUCGGUACUAAAAUGCCAGGGCCAGGCUGUGUGUUUCUUUCCCAGGAAAUUAACUUUCCAGCCCCUUUAUAUGUUGGGGAAGUUGUUUUAGCUUCUGCAGAAGUGAAAAAGCUGAAGCGGUUCAUUGCCAUUAUUGCAGUAUCGUGUUCCGUACUAGAAAGUAAAAAGACUGUUAUGGAAGGCUGGGUUAAAGUUAUGGUCCCAGAAGCUCCCAAAUCCUGAAAUACGUCUUUAAAGAUACAAAUU